GCACUCGACGGCCGACGCUCGAUCCAGUUGGGUUGCCGUCGCACAGCCCCACGACAGCACGGCCACCCCCCCCCCCCUCCUCCUCCUCCCGGCAGCACGGUCCAGCGAGGCCCCGCGCGCACGCAAGAGCGCGUGGAGGAACGACGACGACAGCCCGAUGCAGCGUGGACGCCGCCGGACCUUGGCAACCCGUGGCUCGUGACGCGUGCGCGCGCGUUCGCAACAACGACAGUGCUUCGCCCCGGCGACAAUCCUUGCAAUAACAGCCUGAACGUACCGCGUGGUAUUUUUUUUUUUUUUUUUGGUGUUGGUGCGAGUUCUUCCAGCAAGCAGCGGCUUCGGAUAGCUAAACAAGGCGCGGCCCCCGCUGGCGGGGGGGCGGGGUCUAUAUGAUCAGCAUGGAGCUGCCGCCCGUGCACCCUCACCUGCACCCUGGCGUGUCCAUGGGGCACCACGUGGAGCAGCUGCAGCACCAUCAGCACCAUCAGCACCACCAGCAGCAGCAGCAGCAGCAGCAGCAGCAGCAGCAGUCCAUGGUGCACCACGCCAUGGCCGAGGACAAGAAGAAACAAGAAGGCGGUCACGGGCUGAGCCAGGAGGGUGAGUUCCGCAGUUGGUACGCCGCGCGCACAGUCCGGGUCCGUAGCUUCUGCACUGAGGUAGAGCGCUGACGCUCUGUCCGUUCCCAGCUGGCUCCGUGAGGUGGUUCUUCCAAAUCUCCAACAAUCGUGGCCAAAUUUCAAAACUAUUUCUCGGCAAUUUUUUAUUUUUUUUUGUUAACACCACAUCCGAUGAAAUCAUUUAACCUGUCUUCUGUUACUAGGACUUGUGUCCGGAAAAAAAAACGGAAAUCAUACGUUAAAAUUAAAGUUACAAGUACGCCGCAACCUUUAAAAAUAACCGCUAGUUAUGACUCAGUCACAUCCGACAUCUUAACUUAUUACAUUUUACGUCAAUAUUUCUGUUUUGGUGUGAUUACCUACUAUGUAUGUAUGACUAACUAUAAAUGCAUUGUAAAUUUUUUUAAGGUUAAAUUUUAUGCCAAGCAUAUUCAAAAUUUUACUUGCUAUUCGUAAAAAUAAGAUAAAAAAUUGAACCUGAAUUGUAAAGUCAAAAAAAGGUUUCUGUGUUUGCACGUCUUGUUGGAAGCAUACAACUUUAAAAAUUUUUCUUAAUAUUUCUUCAUAAAUAUCUGGAUGUAAUAAUAAUGUGCCCUACGUUUCGGCUUGUCAAUUCGCAGCCAUUCUCAAGGACGAUGAAGAAGUGAAGGCUUGGUCUUCUGAGAUUCUACUCAGCAGAAUCCUGAUGGGCUAGCCCAUCAUCUACAAUCAUGGCCACUUGUAAGGACCAAUCACAGCUGGACUGUAGAAGGCCCAGUAUAAAUACUAUGCCAGAAGACUAGACCUUCAAUUAUUCAUCGAUCUGGAGAAUAGCCGCCGAUUGGCAAGCCGAAACGUCAGGCACUUAAUUAUUACAUCAAACGUGGUCCUAACCCAAAAAAAUUUGACAUUAAGUAGUUGUCUGUUCUAAAGUUUGAGUCUCUCUUGUUAGCUGUGCAAAGGAUAGUCAGCCGUUUGUCUCAUGGGGCUAGGGAUUGUCAGGAGACGUUAACGCCACACUGUUCCGCCAAAAACCUUUGUGGAAAUGGUGCACGACUAAGUUUCAUGAUGGUUAGUAAGCAUUAAUUAAGAAUAUCCGUCGUUAAAUACAGUCACUUCUAUAAAAUAUUAAUUUGAAACUGUUUUCACCAAUGCACGGCAGAGACUUAUUUUAUUCAGUCCAUCAUCGCACGGCGGAUCUGUGAAAAAAUAUAUUGGUGGCCCUUUUUUUUUUAUCGAACAGUUUCUCUGGCAACGUUGAAGGCGAAGAGCGCGUUAUUCUGUCAGCCGAUUGCUCACGACGCGACGCCCGUGUAGAUGGCUGGCGAACCAGCCAAUAAGAAUGCCCUACGUGAGCUUCAGCGCCCAGACAGAGUGAAGCAAGCCGCCUCCUUGGAACGGACAGAGUGUUAGCGAGGGUGAAGGCAUAGCCGUGCACCGUUGGGCAAUGUCACACUUUGCAGUCUAUCAUGUCCAAGCUGCUGCGUGGAUUCACAGCAAAAAAAAAUUAUAGCAUUGGAAAUUCUUAAGACGUAAGUAUGAAUGAUUUUAUGAGGAACAGUAUAACCCACAUAAGUGACAUUGCCCAAAUUUUGUUGCAUGUUUGCAUGAUUAGAUUUAAAUGCAUGUUAGCGUUAUUAAUUAGUUUUUGUGUAUAUUAGCGUUAUUAAUUAGUUUUAGAACACUGUUACCAAUCAAUAGUUUUGUUAUGAAUAAAUCAGUGCAAUGUAUAAAUAAUUUGCGAUUACGUCCAUAAACCCUUCAUAAAUAACAUUUUUAAAAAAGUAUAUAAUUUGGAAUUUAUUUCCAAUAUUUAUAUAGGCCAUAUAAAAUUCAUCAUACUCUUUACCCUGAAAAAUCCGUCAUUUCAAAGAAAAAAAAUAAUAAAA